CACAGGGUCACGCAAAACUCCACUCGAGUUUAGUUUGGGGUCAGUUGCGCAAACCUUGUCGGUAGGACUAGAGUUCUCCCUCGACAUUUUCAUCGCAUUUCAGUUUUCCUUUGCAACCAGAAUGGUUCGUCGCGAUCUACCGGGAGCAUUUUUGCUUCCUCUGGUGUGCAUCAUAGCCAUCUUUCACAUUGAUCAGGUGAAGACAGAAGUUCGUUUGCCCUGUGGCAUGGUUAAAGACUGGUUUCCCAGUGGUACAAAGCCUCAGAAUUCACAGCCCCCUUAUUUGCUGAAUAUAACUGAUCCGGAUGGGCGGUCGGUUUACGAUGACCUCUACAUGGGUGAACCUCAUUAUGGACCAGGGCAGACGACAUACACAAUAACGCUGAAUGGAACUCGCUCUGGUAAUAUGACACAGAAUUUCACGGGCUUCAUGCUUUAUGCCUACAAUGAGUUCGAUGACGAGGACAGUGGGGACUUUUUGUCCCCGCUACCUGCUGGAGUGUCCAAGAGGGAGUGUCACUUCAAUGACACGGGACAAUUUAUCGAGGUGCUUGAAAACUCAACAAACAGCAUGUACUGGCAUAGCAUUCAGAUCAAAUGGAGGUCGCCUAAGAAAAGUAUAUCUGGAAAAAUAACCAUAAGCGCCAGCGUGGUUAAGGAGGAUGGCAUUUUUUGGGAUGGAAUCAGUGUGACCCUUAACCAUGCUUGCCCAAUGCCAGGCUGUUAUCUUCCUGACGGUUGCCCCAAUGGUCUCGCUAGAAACAAAUAUGGAUGUACUAUUUGCGAAUGUGCAGGAGCUUCAAGUGUCACUGUUGGAUUCCUCAGCCUUGCGGUUAUCAUGUUCAGCGCCCUCAAAAAUUGGAUUUAAAAAACACGUUUUGAGCCGUUUUUCUUUUUGUAAUGUAUUGUUUGUUCGCUUUUGGCUUUUUUUACUUGUACUAGUUCAAGUAUAAAUUUGUCGCAUAUAUAGUGUGAGUGCAGUAAACCGUGGAAUCGAUUCACGCAAAAAAAUACCAGGAAAUUUGUCUGGACCAAUCACAGUGUAAUGAAACAAAGCCACUGAAAUCCUGGAUGACGUCGAUAUUUAUUUGGAAAUUCAGUAACUCAAUAAGAGUGUUUAUAUUGGUAUACGAUCUAUUCUAUGUGCUAACUGGUAGUUACAUUUGUUUCCCUUAAAGGAACUAUCCUUUAUACGAUAUACAAAAGAAAACAGCCUGAGCGGCAGAAUAAGUUCGAUCUAGUUGAUUUCCAUCGUUCCUUCCUUAUUAACUCCGAGCCUUAAAUUCAAUAUCUUGCAUCUUCUGUCAUUUUGUUUCAUUUAGUUUCUCCAUUUUCGGGUGGUAAAGCUUUUUAUUUAAUUUCAGUUUCGUCAUUUUCUAGUUCAGAUAUUUAGUGUCUAAUAGUCAAACUCUAAUUCAUUACCUCCGGUAACUGAAGGGCUAAAAAAUCUCUACUUAUCAACACAAACUAUAUAAAAAUCUACGGUUAAUUCAAAGAAGCGCACAACACAGCAUUUAUUCCCAAGCCCGACAUUUUCCUCAAAGUCACUUCAGAGUAACACAACUUUUUGUCUAAUGGUCUGAAAACAUCAACAGUGCCAGGAAAGCCAACAUCAGAGAGAAAAUUGAGGAUUUCACGGUCUCUUCCGCGCCUACAGAAAAAAGGAAAUUCAGGUCCCUAUUAAUGCUCAUAAAACAAACAUGGGUCACCGACCAUUCCGUACACCGUCUGUUAAAAAUUAGAAAUCAUCAGUAUUUCCUCAUCAAAGAGGGAGAUCAUCAGCAUACUUGGACCCCAUCCCACCACUAGCAUUUGACCAAGCUCCUUUAAUUAGAGGGAGAUAGCACCUAAGUCAGCAUUAAACCCUCC